AUGGCCGAUUCUGAGCGCAAAAACAUCGUCGUUGUCGGCGGCGGCAUCAUUGGCUGCACGACCGCAUACUUCCUCACUCGCCACCCAAAGUACAAUCCAGACCUACACAGCAUCCACCUCCUCGAAGCGACGGGCAUCGCCAGUGGCGCAUCAGGAAAAGCCGGCGGGUUAUUGGCGCUAUGGGCGUACCCGCAAGCCCUUGUGCCGCUUAGUUUCAAACUCCAUGCAGACCUGGCGAAGGAGCACGACGGAGCGCGUAGAUGGGGCUACCGAGGCGUGGGAGUAGGUCAGAUCGAGCUAAAGGGCCGGCCACUCACGGGCCACGAGAACGUGAUCGCACAGAGGGGUGUUGUGGACCGUGGUGAGGCCGAUGCAAGCGAUCCCAGCGGUCAGGCGACCGGGAAGGGAGAUGCCAUCCGCGGCAUUCAUCGCGCCGACGUAGCCAGUGACGAGAAUGUGAAUCCGGACCCAAACCCAGACUCGGACCGCUCGCGCGUGAGUCUACAGAAGAGGAGUCAAGCCUCGUACGCCAACAUGCGCAAGGCCGGCCUACCAGACGACCUGGAUUGGGUGGCGGAGGAAUGCGCCCUCGCGUACGAGAGUAUGGGCUCGCCAAAGGAUACCGCGCAAGUCCAUCCCUAUCAGUUCACGACGUCAAUGGCGGCGCUGGCCGAAGAAAGGGGCGCACGUAUCGUCGUCGGAGCCAGUGUCGACUCGAUCGAACCAGCCGACUCAGGGCACGUGGUGCACUAUACUCGUAGUGGUACCAGUACUGGUACAGGCAGCGAGGCAGAGGCACAAUCUCUACACGCCACAGACGUGAUCAUCACGGCCGGCCCGUGGACACGCACCGUCUGGCCAGGCACGCCCAUCUCGGCACUGAGGGCACACAGCGUGACGAUCCGGCCCUCGCGGCCCGUCUCGGCGUACUGCCUCUUCACGUCGCUGUCGCUGCCCAAGAAGUUCAAGCCCGCCGGCGGUGGGGAUGGGAAGAUGAAGAGCCGAGUCAGCCACGUUACGCCCGAAAUCUACGCGCGGCCGAAUAACGAGAUCUACGCGUGCGGGGAGGGCGAUCACCUCGUCGGCCUCCCUCGGUCGACUGCCGACGUCGAGGUCGACGACUCGCGCUGCCAGGACAUCGUGGACUAUUGCGCCAGCUUUUCGGACGAGAUGCGCGAUGGACACGUGCUUGUCAGGCAGGCGUGUUAUCUGCCGCAGGUGGAGAGGGGAGGCGGGCCGCUUGUGGGCAGGACGAACACCAAGGGGGUGUUCAUUGCGGCCGGGCAUACGUGCUGGGGGAUCCAGAAUGGGCCGGCGACGGGGAAGCUGGUGAGUGAAUUCGUGUUUGACGGGAAGGCAGGGAGCGCGGAUGUGGGAGCUUUGGAUCCGAGGAGGGUGAUGAGGUAG